AUGGCUGCUGUUCUAGCAGUCACUUUAGAUAACACCGUUAGGAAAGAAGCAAAUUACAGCCUACCGGAAACAGUGUUUUGGAGCGAUUCAAUGAUCGUUCUAGGCUACUUGAACAAUGAAAGUAAACGGUUCAAGACGUUUGUCGCCAACAGGGUAAGUAAAAUCCUAAGUACCUCAUCUAAAUAUCAAUGGAGACAUGUACCAACCGAGCUGAACCCAGCGGAUGAUGGUUCUAGGGGUACAUACAACUUAAGUAAGUGGACUACAGGCCCUAAUUUCCUUAAGCAGGGUGAAGCCUCUUGGCCAGCGAUGAAAAUGUUUGAGUGCAGUCCAUCAGACGUUGAGGUUAAAAAAGACGUUAUGGUAGCCCAAGCCUCAGUAUUUCACGAAAUCAGUGAGAACAACAUUGUUACAAGCCUGGCAAGUAAGUAUUCAAGCUGGACGAAACUUCUGAGAGUUACAGCUUGGAGUCUAAGGUUCACACAAAACCUGAAAGCGAAGAUGAACAAUCAGCAGAAAACUACAGGUAGUCUUAGUGUAUGCGAACUGAAGGAAAGUGAGUCACUUUUACUCGCAAAUGAGCAAAGACGUUUUCUUAGCCAUUGGAAGUCCGAUAAAGGUAUGCGACAGCUAAACGUGGUUCUCAUGGGGAAUUUGCUGAGAGUUGGAGGCAGACUAGAGAAUGCUCAAAUGGACUUUGAGUCUAAGCACCCUAUAGUGCUAUCAGGUAAGAGUAGCGUUACUAAAUUAAUAAUAAGACAUCAUCAUGCUUUGGUAGGACACAGUGGUGUAGCCACUACACUCACAGCAAUUCGCAAUAGGUUUCAUAUAGUCAAAGGUAAGUGCGUUGUUAAAGGUGUUAUUAGAGACUGUGUAACCUGCAAGAAGCUCAACGCAAGACCUGCUGAACAAAUCAUGGCACCCUUACCUGCAGAAAGAGUUGUAGCUGAUCAACCGCCUUUCACCAACACUGGAGUAGACUACUUCGGACCUAUUGAAGUAAGAGAAAGAAGGUCUACCGUAAAAAGGUACGGUUGUAUUUUUACAUGUCUCUCGUCGAGAGCAGUUCACCUGGAAGUUGCUGAAUCGCUUGAAGCAGAUGCGUUUAUAAACGCAUUCAGGCGUUUUGUAGCAAGACGUGGUCAACCAUUAAAGAUGUUUAGCGACAACGGGACAAAUUUUGUAGCUGGCGAGAGAGAACUUAGGGAAGCUCUUGACAAUAUGAAUAAUAGUGUAGUAGAAGAUGCUCUACACACUAGAGGAUGUGAAUGGCACUUUAACCCACCUGCAGCCAGCCAUUUUGGCGGGGUAUGGGAGAGACUGAUACGGUCAGUAAGGAAAGUAUUACAUGGUGUUCUAAGGCAACAAACAUUGACAACAGAGGUACUUCAUACUCUUUUAACCGAGGUAGAAUCAAUCCUCAAUUCGAGGCCGUUAACUGAUCUGUCUCUAGAUCAAAAUCAUGAUCCUUUAACGCCUAAUCACUUACUCCUUCUGAGGAGUGGCCCCAGUGCCCCGGUAGGUAAGCUAGAAUCUUUUGGCAGAAGACGUUGGCUUCAGGUGCAAUAUCUUGCAUCACUUUUCUGGAGUCUAUGGAAACGGGAGUACCUUCCUCUGUUGCAAAAAAGACACAAGUGGACCACCCCGAGACAGAACGUUGCUGUCGACGAUAUCGUUCUGUUAGUAGAUGAGAUGCUUCCGAGAGGAAAAUGGCCAAUGGGAAAAGUUCUAUCGGUCAAACGCAGCAAUGAUGACAGAGUCCGCAGUGUAGAUGUAAAGGUGACGGGAGGAGUUCUGAAGCGACCAGUUUCAAAGCUGUGUAUUGUCCACAGAGGUUUAAUCCAUAAAGAUGAUAAGUGUUAA